AUGGCGGAGUUAACGACGUGGGUGUCUGACAAACUUCACGAUGUUCUUGGAUUUUCGGAUAAGCAUACUGUUGAAUAUCUCAUCGAGCUGGCGAAAAACGCCACCAGUCCAGAUUCCCUUAUACAGCGAGUAUCUGAAGGCUUUAGUGGCGAUGAUAAGAUGGCAUCAUUUGCCUCUGAACUCUGGGGAAAAUUGCCUCACAAAAGCCAACCUGCUGAACACCCAUACAGGGCAAGGGAACGAGCUCUUAUUGAGCAGAGAGAGAAAUACAUGAAAUACACUCUCGUAUCUGAUGAUGACGACGACGAAGAGCUGCUCAACAAAGCUAAGGAAUCAAAGAAAGAUCGAAAAAGAAAGCAUUUGCGAAGGAAAACAGAGUCUUCUAGUUCGGAUGAGGAACCCUCCAUAGUUAAUACUGCCUCAAAGGAAAAGAGCGAUGAAUCUGAUGUAGAUGAGUGGGAAAAGGAGGAAGAAGAGAGGAAGGUAGACUUGGAAGAGAGAGAUGCAUUUGCUGAUAGGUUAAAGAAACGGGACAAGGAAAAAACAAGGAAUAUUUUGGAAAGAUCUGACAAAAAGGUAUGGAUACAAUGGAACUUUUAUUAAGUAGAGACCCAGAAGACUGUUAAUUGUGUUUACUUGAUAGAAUCUGAUGCUUGGUACAGGCCGGUUGGGUAUUUUUGGUGAAGUAUGAGACUACUUAAACAAAUAUUGUAUUUAGUUAGCUUACACAUGAAAGUUUAAUUUUUUAGAAUUUACUUACUCAGGAAAAACUGAGUACGUACAUUGUACAGGGUAUAACCUCUUUUGUACGUUUGACACAGAAGACUUGAUAUACAGCCUUUGUAAGAUCAAAGUGGUUGAGCAUUUUAUCAGGCCAUCUGAUAUUACGCGAUGGUGCGAUUUCGCACACAAUUGACCUCAAAUCGCAUCCGAUUGCACAAUUUGGGGAAAAUCAAAUAAGUUCUAAAAAAAUGCUAAAUUCAAGUAAAGUAAACAAUGAAUUCUAACUUUAAUGAAACAUUUUCCCAAUCUUAAGGUUAUUUAAAGUGAUUUACCACUAAACAAAGCCUUGCAAGACAUCUGAAACCUUCAAUCGCAAUAUCUGGGCAGCCAUUUUGAUUUUAGAGACAAGCAGUGUGGUCACCGGUGUAACAGCGUCAUGUAAUAUUAAGCAAGUGUUCAUUUUCUUUUCCGUGUCAAAAUAGUCGGACAAAUUAAACUAUUUUAUUUUAAAAUAGAUGUUUUAUUAUUCCUUUACAUUCUGAUUGCCCAUUAAACAACAUUAAAGUGGUUUUUCUCCUUUGAAACCUGGUAAAACAAUUUAGCCGUGAAAAAACCGCAUAAUUUACUGGAUAAUAGUCCUAUCUUAUCGCACAAUCUACCCUGAAAAUAUCACACAAUUUCUGAUUUUUUAUCGCACUGAGACUGGGCGACCACAUCCCAAAUCAUUGAAAAUUUUAUGAAAUAAAGUUACGUACUUACUUAUCAAGUUAUAACUGCCAUAAGAAGCACCCAUGUUUGCCUUACUUAGUUAGUUAGUUACUUACCUACUUAGGCUGGGAAUCAUCCUGAGCCAUCCUAACAAAAUCUUUCCACAUGACCUGAUCAAGCUGCCAUUAAAUUUGUUGUUUCUUCGGUAUUGUCCAGUCCAGUGUCAGCCUUGGUGGUGUCAAUAUAUGUAGUUCUUGGUCUACCUUGAUUUGGGUGACCGUGUUGGGGCUCUCAAGCAGCACUUUUGGGGUUCCCGAAGCAGCACUUUUAAAGGUGUCUCUUCAUUGUGACAUGUAGAAUGGCCAGCUAAUCCUAAUGUUCUCUCACAAAUUGUUUCACUGACUCUUGGGAAGCUUCCGUAUAAUUCCUGGUUGUUCAUAUGUUGAUGCCAGUGCAUAUUCAGGGCCAUUCGCAGUAUUCCAUGGUGUAGCAUCCACUGACACUUUUCUCUGGCUUCUUGGCCACGGUCCACAAAAAUUAUAUCUCAAGUGUCUUGCUCUGUACGCUUCAAAAAGCUUACUUAUAUAUGUAGAUGUAUACGUUGUAGUUUAUGUUUUAUCUCAGGUAAUUUUUAUUUUCCCUUUGUUUCAACUUUAUGAGUAUACAUAACCAUACCCAAAACAAAAGAAAAACAAAAAUUACCUAACAUAAAAAUUUAACCACAACGUAUACAAAAAAGUAAUCAUUGAUGUAAAGAAUUUAUAUGAUUUGUAAGGCUUAUAAAAUAAUGUAUCCAUGUUGAAGCUUAAUGAUGAGUGGUUUGCUUGGGGACAGCCAUUGUACAUGUAAAUACCUGUAUAUUAUUAUAUUUUUGCACCAACAGGCAUUUGAAGAGGCAGCAAAAAGGCUUAAAAUGGAUGAAGAAGACAGGAAGAAAAUGGUGAGCAAAAGAACCUCUUUCUGUUCAGUAAACAUGUUUAAAAUUUGGAAAUAUCUGGGAUGGCACUGCAUUGAGCUUUUUGUAGCCUGAUUUUGUUACAUAUACACAGCAUUAAGUUAUUAAAUUAAUAAAUAUAACAAUAAAAGCUUGGGUCAUUUUCACAUUUCUUUUUAAGCACUACUAGGGAAACAUUAGAAGGGAGUGUAGUAGGUGUCAAUUUACAAUAAUUUUCGAUCACUAGGAAAGAGAGUGUUUCUUCUACCUAAGCGUAAUAUAGCAUGCGUUACAGACAAAACUAAAUUCUAGUAAAGUCUGUCUGCAACACAGCGCCAAAAUCCUUGUUCUGGGCUCUCAGCUGUGUACCAGGAUUUGAGUACAUGCUAUUAUUGGCCUUUUAAAAGAAGCCAUUGUUGGUUUGCCAAUCAGAAUGAAACGAAAUUCGAAACACAUUUCCGGUAAUUCAUUGAGUCCGUUAGGAGCCCAGGACAAGGAUCUCGGCACUACCUUGCAGACGUUACUAACCUAGACAUAAGUGACUAAUGGGGUUAAUUUACAUCGGUUUGUGAUGCAGGCUAUAUGUAAUAAUGUCUUGACACAGAAAGCGGGUUGAAGGGACAGGUAUUUGAAAAUCAGAGGAAGCAAGACCAUUGAGAAUUUGAUGAACCUUCAAUAAAGAAAUUCCUUCAAUAAAGAAAUUCCCCAAAUUUAAAAAAAAUAGAUAAUAAGAAGGAUGCAGUUUUCAACCCUCUUUCACAGUUACAGAAUAGUUUAUGUCAUAAGCAUAAAAUAGUCUUGAUCACAAAUUGCUUUCCAAAAAAAAGAAAGAAACUACUUUCUUGCUUUUUUGUCAUAAGUGUUAUUUUAGAACAAAGUUAGGAAGUGAAGUCUUCACUUACUUUUAUUAAUUUUUUUUGCCAGAUUCCUGAUCUUAGGAAAAAGUCUCGCAGAGAUUAUGUCAAGAAACGAAGAGUUGACCAGCUUGAAAUGCUACAAGAAGACAUCCUUGAUGAUGAGUAUCUGUUUGAAGAUGCCCAGCUCAGCAAACGGGAGAAGCGAGACAGAGAAUACAAGAAGAAGGUUUACAGCUUGGCAGUGGAACAUGCUAAGGCUGGAGAACUAGAGAAAGUACAGAGGUAUGAGAUGCCCCAGGAGAAUAAGAAACCGGCCAAGUAUGACAACACAACAGUGGAAGAAUUGGGACCUAAUUAUGAGCAAAAGAAAUGGGAAGAAGAUAAGCUUGGUUAUGCUGUCAUGAAGUUUGGUGCAAAAGAUGCAAAGCAAAAGAGCAAGGUAUGAUCAUAGUACAGUCUAAAAGCAAGCUGAGUGGAAGGGUAGGGGGCAUGAGUAUGAAACUGAUGGUAUAAAAAAUAAUGAUUUAUGGAGUGAAAUACAUGUUCAGAUGAGCAUUUCCUCUGCUUUGUGGUGCGUUGUCUUAUUUCCAAAGAUACAAUGUACUAAGCUUCCUUCCAUCCCUGCAUCCUUUCAUACAGUAGUAAUGAGGUAGUUGACUGUGAGCUAGUAAGUGGAAAAAGGUAGAAUAACAGGAAAAGAAAGGGAUGGUCUGCUUUCUGCUUCUUUUUCCCUUUUUGUGGCUUGAUUGUUGUACAUGACAGUUAAUCUAAGCUUAAUAUUUUAUACAACAUGGAUACAGAAACAAUUUCCACUUUCUGUUUUGUUUUUAUUGACUCUUUAGUUGUCUCUGCUUCACACAAAGCAGGUGACCAUGUGAUUUCCUGCCAAAAAAACCCUUGAGUUGCAUAAAGUUGCCAUACCUGUUGAUAGAGUUGCUUUACAUUUGUAUGCCUGUGGUGCAGACUGAUGGGUGGGUGGAUGGACAGUUGUAUGGUCAAGUGAAAGUGACUACAAAUAACUGCCGAAAUUUCUCGGAUUCAUACAUUUGUAGGAUACAGUGAUUUUGUUACAAAUAGUUAUGGUGUGUCCUUGGACUAAUCUUGUGAAAAAUCAUGAGUCCCAGUUAAAAAAAAAAAAAAAAAAAAAAAAAAACAUGAGUCCCAAUUAAAAAAAAAAAAAAAAAAAGAGUCCGAAAUUGAAAAUGCUUGGGUCUUUAUGUAACCAGACAGUUAAUCUGAAGACAGACUCCCAAACUCUGUAUUACAUUAUACUGAACUUAAAAUGUAGUUCUUCUAUAAAGGCUAAAAGAAAUAUGCAUUGUUAAACAACAGCAAUAAUACAUGUAACUGCUACAGAAAUUACAGGAACAGGAUAUUGCUACAAAAACACAUGUUCAGAUUGAUCAAUUUGAUCGAUGUUUGGGUCCUACAAGAUGCAUGCUUUGCAUUUUGCGUCUUUGGGGAUUUUUAUGUCUCAGGGAAGAAGGAUGCAGGACGCAUAUAUGUAGGUAACAAAAUCUGCUGCUAUCACUUCGCAUUCGUGAGAGCUUCGCUAUUAUUAUUUAUCAUGGUAAAUAAUUAUUAUUGACAUAAAUUUAAAUGUAUUUUAUUUCUUUUUCAAACUGCAUUUUAGAGUAAAGACUAUGACCUAGUUGUUGAUGAGGACCAAAUAAAUUUUGUAAUGGCUGAACAAAUCCCAGGAACUAAGGAAAAGCAGGUAUUUUGACUUCUUAGAUGUAACAUUAUGAGCUCUUAUGACUGUGAUACUCCAUGCAUUC